AUGGCGCUGAAGACCUGCGUGCCGGUCGUGAGCCAUCUUCAAAAUGCCCCUGGUGGAUUUAAACAUGUCGGCGAAGAUGGCAUUUUGCGAUCCUUCGAUGGAAACGGGAACCUGGGCCAGUUCGGAGACUAUUUAUCUCCGAAAUCGAAGAUGGCCCGGGAAAAGUCGAUAGUGCUUUGGUGUCAGAGGACCAAUCUGGUCGCUACCCGAGAACAUUCGACCAACCGCACACUGUCCAACGAAAUUCGCAUCGCAAGGAAGCCAUUGGAAUUUGCAACAGUAAAGUUUAGAAAUGGCUUCCAGUUGGAAGCGCUUUGA